AUGACGAAAAACAAUAACUUAAACUUUCAUAAGAAAAACAUCAUGCAAGACGUUGUCUCCUCGACUGCCCUCUUCGAACAUGACGACCAAGAUUCCAACAUUGCAGAUGCUAAUUAUGAAAGUGAAUCAACAUCAGAGACGUCUGCAAGUGGAAAAAGACGAUCUUUGUCGCGGCAAGAAGCGUUCCGGCAAACCAGUCGUCGACCAUCAAGAAGAACGGAGUAUGAAAAUGAUUGGCAGGGGCCGAUGAAAGACGUCCCGAAUUUUGAUGCGUUUGAUAGUCAUUUGAACAUAUUUGCCAAAGAAAACCUCCCACGGCCUAUCGUACGUGACAAUGGCUCGGCUUCACAACGACGAAGUUCGGAAUCACUCGAUGCAAAAGAAAAAGACUCAUUGUCCGACGCGGAACUAGUAGAAUACUUUGCAGAACGAAUGAGACGAUUACCCCUGCUAUACGGUUUCAAAAGUCCCGAACGGUUCAACGUAUUACAAAAAGCGAUGUCUGUAAAUCAUGACAAGAAUAUAAAAUCAAGACGUAAUCUAUUCGGAAGACAAAAUCAUUCCAAAAACCUUUCUCCUACAAAUUCAAUCAAAUCAGAAAGUAAUUCGUUCAAAUCAAAAAGUAAAAGAGACGUUCUUCUUCCAAAAAUCAAUACUACAUCCGAUCAACAUCACUAUUCUUCGUUCAUGACAGGUCCAGCAAUAGCCUCUCCAUUUCGAAGCAAUACUGAACGUUUCCCAACGAAACUAGGACGAACCGCGCCUGGUCCUGGCAUGUACGACAGAGUGAUCGGUUUUCCAACUCAAAAGCAAAUUGGGUCGUAUCUAUCACGUGGAAUCUAUUUUACUACUAACUAUUCGUAA